AUGCGACCCAGAAGUCUCGCGGUCGCCCUUGCGGCCACCUCCCCGCUCGCCGCGCAGGCGUGCACCACCCAAGGCAGCACGCCCUCGGCGGGCAUCCACCAGGGCUUCAACUACGGCUCCCGCAACAGCACGGGCGGCUGCCGCGACCGGGGCGAAUUCACGCGCCUCUUCAACCUCGCCCGCUCGCUCCCCGCGGCAUCCCCGGACGGCGCCUUCUCCUCGGCCAGGCUCUACACCACCAUCGAGUGCGGCACCGAGGGCUCGCCGGACCCCAGGCCCAUCUCGGCCUUCCAGGCCGCCGUCGACACCAACACCACCCUGCUCCUCGGGCUGUGGGCCAGUUCCGGCCAGGUCGGCUUCACCAGAGAGCUCAACACGCUCGUCGCCGCCCUCGCCGACCCGGCCUACGGCUCCCAGCUGGCGGGGCUGGUGGUCGGCCUCGCCGUCGGGUCCGAGGACAUGUUCCGCGCCGACGCCAUCGCCCGCGGCACGUGCGGAGCGGACGUUUCUCGGUGCGCGGCGGGCGCCACGGCCGCCGAGAUAGCGGCGUACGUGCAGCAGACGCGAGCCGCGCUGCAGGGUACGGCGUUGGCCGGCGUCGCCAUCGGGCAUGUCGACACCCCCGGGGCGUGGGUGCUCGACGGGGCGGCGGCGCUGGUGCAGCAGUUGGACUGGGUCGGGCACAACUCGUUCCCGUACUGGGAGGAGGGCGGCCAGGAGAACGGCAUCGACAACGCCGGCGGGAGAUUCGAUGGCGCCUUGGGGGUGACCAUUGCUGCUGCAGGCCGCCUGCCUGUUUGGGUCACGGAGACUGGAUGGCCUUCGAGUGGUCCAAACUCGGGAAACGCCGAGGCGUCGCCGGCCAACGCCAUGAAGUACUGGCGCGACGUGGGCCGACAGCGGUUGUUUGGUCAACGAUGCACUUGGUGGUACAUCCUGGAAGACAGCAACCCGGACCAGUCGGCAUUGUCGUUUGCCGUGUGGGACUCAAGCGCAGGCCAGACCAGGUUUUCUCUGGAUGGAUGA